AUGGCACGUUCGCGACGGGAUAAAAAUGUUUCUCUCACAAAGGUCAAAAAGAAGACUAAAGAGACAAAAAACAAUUUGAUCAAUGAGAUUCGGUCUAGUGUUGACCAAUACAAAAAUAUGUUGAUUUUCACAAUUGCUAAUAUGAGAAGCACACGAUUUAUCGCGAUCCGACAGAAAUACAAGAAUAACUCAAGGUUCUUUUUUGGAAAGAAUAAUGUAUCUUCGAUUGCUCUUGGAAAACACAAAUCGGAUGAAUACGCAAAUGGAUUGCAUAAAGCAUCAAAUGAUUUGAAAGGCCAAUGCGGCUUGAUGUUCACAAAUUUGUCAAAGGAAGAAGUCUUAAAAGAAUUGUCCGCAAACGCAGAAGAAGAUUUCGCCCGUGUUGGAGAUAUCGCGACGGAAACUGUCGUACUUCCUGAAGGCCCACUUACACAAUUCGCAUUUUCAAUGGAGCCGCAACUACGAAAACUUGGUCUUCCAACAAAACUAGACAAAGGAGUUAUCACCCUCUACCAAUCCUACGAAGUGUGCAAGGAGGGCGAGCCUCUGACUGUAGAACAAGCCAAGAUCUUGAAACACUUUGAUAUCAAAAUGGCACAAUUCCGUCUCAUUUUCAAAGGCCACUGGAGCAAACAAAAUGGCUACACUCCAAUUGAAUCCGAUUAG